CCAAUGGCAGGGCUUGGAGGUGAUGUCAUGCUGUAAGGCUGGCAGUGGUGCUGAUGCUGCUGAGCAGUGUGUGGAAACAGAAGCACAUCGAGAGAAGAGCCCUAACGACGAGCAUCAGAGGGGGGACCAGCACUGUUACAGUCUCUGCAGAUUCCCUGGUGUUUGAACUGAAACGCGUGUGGCAGAAUGACUCUGGCAGCAUACAAGGAGAAGAUGAAAGAGCUCCCCCUAGUGUCCUUAUUCUGUUCCUGCUUGCUGCCUGAGCCUCAGGAAAAACCCACGUACAAAGCAGAAGAUGCAGUUGACCUGAAUUGGUGCCGUAUGAAAGACAUGGAGGUGAUCGAGCUGAACAAACGGGCGUCGGGCCAGGCGUUCGAGGUGAUCCUUCGGCCGCCCUCCUUCGACAGCAUGCCCGAGCUGAGCACCGCCAUGCCUCGACGCCGGGACCCGUCUCUGGAGGACAUCCAGAAGAAGCUGGAGGCGGCAGAGGAACGAAGAAAGUGUCAGGAGGCUGAACUGCUGAAACACCUGGCGGAGAAGAGGGAACACGAGCGUGAGGUCAUCCAAAAGGCCAUCGAGGAGAACAACAACUUCAUCAAGGCGGCGAAGGAGAGGCUACAGCAGAAGCUGCAGGCCAACAAGGAGAACCGGGAGGCGCACAUCGCCGCCAUGUUGGGGCGCCUGCAAGAGAAGGACAAGCACACACAUGAGGUCUCUUGAGGACUAUUCAGAAGACAUACUGAAUGGACAAGACUCAACAAACGACUGACCAUAGAGCUCAGUUUCUUUGUGGGGGAAAAAAGAGAAGACAAUGACAAUAAUUAAUAUUAUUGGAGAGAAAGACAUGCUGGGAUAUACAGUGGCUGGUCAUCCUGAGAGUGCCACUUACUGUAUCGUCCAAUGGGACGUCUGCAACGGGGACAAAAAAAACACACUACUAAUUCCAAAAGAAGCUCUCUGUGUGUAUUGCUCAAGUGCCAAUAGUGCCCAUAGUGUGACUGUUUGCAUCUUCAGCGGAAGAAGGAAAAUUUGACUUUCGGAGUGAUUGAAUGGGUGUUACGUGGAGUGGGUUUUGCGUACGUGUGCGUUUGAGCUCAGAAAAAGAAUGCAGUCAUUGCUUCGUUUUGAUAUCUUCUCUGGCUUUUUUAUUUUUAUUAAAUAAAUCAAAGUGCGAAUGAGGCAAAGCCAUUGUAAAUAGUCUCCUGAGAUUAAUGGUGAGUGUAAUCUAGUGCGCCUGUACAGAAAUUGUAAUAUAUAUUUUAGAUGCAAAUCAAAUAAAAAAAAAAGAGUGCUGUAUCACACUGCCACA